AUGGACGGCCCAGUAUCAACUUUGGAGUCGGCCGCUCAUGGUCUCAACCACAAGCGAACGAAUAGUCUAAAGAAAGCAUACCGGUUUGUGUUCGGACACAAGCAAAGCAAAUCUAAAGACUUGUCGGCGGUUGAGCGAAAAGGGGUGACUGAGAGAUCCACGGAUGCAACCAAUACACGAGCAGUAUCUAGAGCCAGCAAAGUUCCUAUUGCCGAUGGACUGAUCGAAUCGAGCGUAUCCCAACACGACUCUGGUGGCACGAUCGGACAACGGCCGCAAAGCCCGAAGCCCGCCCAAACUUCCGGUUCACCGACAGAUCCGGAAACCGAACAGCACAACGGGAGCGAAACCAUCGUAGAGAAAGAUGAGCGGUUGGCAGAGUUGGAGAGUCAUGUGAAGACGUUGGAAGCAGAAUAUGCGGCCAAGGAGAAGGCGCUGGAGGAACGGAGAAGCAAGCUGGAGGAAAUAAUCGCGGCAGAUGUGGUGGAGAAAAUUGACGAAGCAAAGAAGGUGGAAAGGGAGGCGGUGGAGGAGAAAUUGAAGGCAACCCAUCAAGAGGAGCUGGAUCGCGUGAAGCAAGAAUACGGGGAAAAGCUAGUUGUUUCCGAUGGAGCUGCGCCAGAUGCCUCGCGUGAAGCGGUGCUGAACGGGGACAACGUUGAGGACAGUCCAGCGAAAGCCGAACUGGACGAAGCGAGAGCGGAGUUGCAGACCAUCAAAGAUGAACUGAAGGCUGCGAAAGAAGCGCUCGAAUCGUUGCAAGUUUCAUCACAGGCUGCAAAUGCAGAGAACGCCGAGUUGUCCUCUCAGAACGCGUCUCUUGUAUCCCAGGUUGAGUCCCUCACCAUGGAACGAGGAUCGUUAAAGGUUCAACAUCAGGACGCUUUACUGAAGCUAGAGCAGGGUUCCAGAGAGCUUGAAGCGAGCCAGAAGUUUAAAACGGAUCUUCAGGCAAAAGCUGAUGCAUUGGCGUUGGAGUUCCAGUCAAUCAACGAGGAACUCGAAUCCAAACGACUCGAGGUUACUUCUCACGCAGAUAAGCUCCAGUCUUUGGAACAAGAUCAUGCGAGAGCCCAGAUUACCCUCAACGACGUGCGAAAGGAGCUAGAGGAGACGAAGAAGCGGUCUGCGGAGAAGGAAGCGGAGAUUGAACAACUAACAUCGACACAUGCGGAUGCGGUUCGAGCCAUCGAGGAAUCGAAUCAGAAUGAGAUCUCGGGGUGGACGACCAAGCACGGCAAAAUCGACGCAAGACUUGCCGAAGUAACCGGGGAUCUCAAUAGCACAAGAGAGGAGCUCGCAAAUGCAAAUACGAAGGCGGGAAGUUUGGCGUCAGAUUUGGAGACGGCCAUCAAGAGCGAUGAUGCGGCCAAAGCGGCGCUUGAAACAGCUCAAGCGGAUAUAGCGAAGCUGAAUGAGACCAUUGCGAGUAACUCUGUCAAUGGCGAGGCAUCAAGUGAACAACUGCUUUGCGCAAAAGAAGCCCUCUCGAAAGUGGAGGCCGAGCUUAGUCAAGUCACUGCUAUCCAUGCCACUGCAAAAUCGGAUCUCGAAGCUGCAAAUGUGAAGAUCAGUGAGCUGGAGACAAAUCACACUAGUGCUACCGCCGAGCUUGCUACGGUCAAGGACAAGCUCGAACGGCUCACGAAAGACUACGAACAGGCGCAGACCAUUCAUCAAACGAAUCUUUCCGAGGAGACGACACGGCAUGCCAGCACGAAGGUGGAGCUGGAGACUGCGAAUGAAAAGUUGGGAACAUUGAACGGAGAUCUGGAGAGCCAUCUUGCCAUAAACACUAGGCUCCAAGCCACCCUCGACCAGAUCAAGAGCGAAGCGCAGGGCCACGCAGCUGUCGAAUCGGACUUGAAAGCGGCGAGGUCACAGAUUGAAUCCCUGAAGAGCGAGAUUGAAGCCGGGAGCGCCAGCCUAGCAAACAUUACCGAACAGUUGUCCCAGUCUGCUGCUGCGCUGGGCGAGGCACAGAAAGCCCAUGCAGAGGCCCAAGGGGAGCUUGAGAAAAACACUGCCCAGCUCCAGACGCUGCUGAAGGAGCGCGAUGACGCAACAGCGGAGUUCAAGAAACUCAAAGAAGCGGCAGAUCUGGUAGAUCAAUUGAGAUCACAGCUGGCUGAGCAGUCUACGGGCGUCGAAGCCACGAAACUGCGGAUUAAAGAGCUGGAAGACGCCUUGGAGAAGGAGAAGGAGGGAGGAAAGGAUGGUUUGCCCUUGGGCGAGGCAGCUGCUGUUGCAGGCGCCGGAGCCUUGGGAACUGUUGGUGCCGGUGCUGUGGCAAAGAGUGCUACGGAUAACACGGAAGAUGAAGAACCUGCCGGCUCGGCAACUCCUGGAAAUAAAGAGGUGGAUGCACCCUCUCCAGGUCAACAGGCUGAACCUGGGGUUGAUGAAUCUGUCGAGGCGCAGACACCACAAGGUUCCCAAGAGCACAAGCACGGAGUAGAAGAUUCUGCAGUUGCGGAACCGACUGCGGAGGAACCAGCCGUGGGGGAGCCAGCCGCGGAGGAGCCUUCUGCUACGGAGGAGCCUUCCACUGCAGAGGAACCUUCUGCAAAGGGGCCCACUCCCGCGGUGGAACCAGCUACGGAGGAACCAACCGUAGAGGAGCCUUCUGCUGCGGUAGAAUCUGUAGCUACGGAGGAGCCUGCUGCUGUGGAGGAGCCUGUUGCUGUGGAGGAACCUCCUACUGUGGUGGAGCCUUCUGGUACGGAGCAACCGUCCGGUACGGAGAAAACUGCCACUGCCAGUGCAGAAGACAAAAUUGCGGAGACGCAGCCUUCAUCAGCUGUUCAAGGCGAAUCAAUGCGGGCCGAUGAUGAGACGCUAGCUUCAAACCACCCUCUUGAAGCGGAUAUUGUCACGGAAGACGACAACUUACUUGAUGGCCCACCAGACCAUUCUCAGAGCAACGGCGCCGUGCCUGAUCCUGCAUUGGAGACAGACAUCGACCACACUUCAGACCCCGGUCUAAUCGUAGUAGACGGUGCCAAGGCAGAAACAGCUCCAGUGAAUGGUCAAGAAUCGAAGUUACCACCUAAAGAAGUUGAUUCCAAGGACACUGAGCUAGUCACCGUUGUCACAGAGAUUAUACCCGCUGAUAUAUCCGGGGAAGAAUCUGGCGAAGGUUCUCCAGGCAGGAAACAAGUGCGGUUUGCAGAGGGAAACAUCGUCGAGGGGGUGACAGGCAAUGUACCCGGUCCGGAAGGCGAGGCUGAGAAAGGUGAUGCGCUGGACACGAUUGAGAAUGGACAUGAGGGGUCUGCUGAUCGACUGGAUGGACCUGUUUCGGAACGCGAAGACAAGCAGGUCGAUGAACCUCAAGCACCACAGUAG